AUGAAAUACGCCGCAAUCUCCAUCCCCGCCUCCUACGGCCGUCUCGACUCCUCCCCAACCCCCGGCACCGUCGCCGGCAUAAUCCUCGGCUCGGUCUGCGGCUUCAUCUUCCUCCUCUACCUAAUCUACCUCGGGCUGUCCUCGGGGCGCCGAUUCAGCGGAACCCCAUCGACCAUCCCGCCGUCCGGCACGGGGACCGAGAUCUCAGAGGCCCAUUCGGGCCGGUCAUCGCGGUUUAGGCGACGACGCAGGGAUGAUAUUGUGGAGGUGGAGGAGGGGGGGAGGGGGGGUACGGAGGACGGGGAGAGUCGGAUUGUGGUGGAGGAGAGUAUGACGAGUCGGAGUCGCGAUGAUGGCGUGGUCGAGGUUAUUGAGGAGGAGGAUGGGAGGUCGCAUAGGCCGUCGAGGGCGGGGACGGGGAGGAAAGGGGGGUAUAGGAGGGAUAGGUAUGAGGAUAGUGAGUAUGGGAGUUCGAGGUUUUAG